UACAACUAAAUUACAAAAUACAUUUUUUUGUAAACUCAUAAUUAAGAAAUCUUAAUAGAACACUUAAAAAUGUCUAACCGUGAAUAAAAACAUAAUAGAGUAAAAAAAAAAAAAAGAUAACAAUUUCUUCAGUGGCAUCGGCAGCGGCUGGGUGGGCUCCACUCCUUCUUGAUCGAGGAUUUUUUUUUGCUGAAUAAGCUGUCGUCGCGGUGGCUGCGCGCGUGGAGGUUAUCGCCGAACAACUGCAAUUUUGUGAUGCACACGAACUGUUUGCUUUUUGUUCCGAGAGAAGCUUCUGUUAUUUAAAAGCUCACUUAUUGAAUGGCCGCUUCGAAUUCAGAUAUAGAGCUGCCGCGUGAUAAAUUAUCCUUGCGCUGCAUCAACGAUGGCGAGCUAUCAAGUUCUGAAAGCAAAGGAAAACGUUAUGUAGUUCUAGUAUCGACUGGAAGCUUCAAUCCUCCUACAUACAUGCAUCUGCGUUGUCUUGAGUUGGCAAGAGAUGCUUUGAGUUCACGAGGGUUUUGUGUGGUUGGAGGUUAUAUGUCACCUGUUAAUGAUUCAUAUAAGAAAAAGGACCUUAUACGUGCUGAUCGUCUUGCUAUGUGUCAACUUGCUUGUAGAAGUUCUGAUUUCAUUAUGGUCGAUCCGUGGGAUGCGCUCGUGCUCCCCUAUUAUAUUAAUAAUACUCAUUUGUGUUCAAAUCUUCAUCGAACGACAAGUUUAUAAAUUGUAAUGAUUCUUCUUUUCUCUGUAGAGUUACUUAAAGUGAUGCUGGUCUGUGGUUCUGAUCUGUUGGAAUCUUUCAGUACUCCUGGCGUUUGGAUCCCUGAACAGGUCAAGACCAUAUGCAGAGAUUUUGGGCUGGUUUGCAUUCGCAGAAGUGGUCAAGAUGUCGAGAAUAUCAUAUCUGAAGAUGAUAUUUUGAAUGAAUAUAAGAAUAACAUCACGAUUGUCGAUGAAGUAGCACCAAAUGGAAUUAGUUCGACAGGAUUAAGGGAUUGCGUUUCGAGAGGACUGUCGGUGAAGUAUCUGACCGAAGACGGUGUUAUCGACUAUAUUAAACAAAAUCAACUAUACAGAAAACAGUAAAUAACGAUGAUUCCCUUUCGCCUUUCGGCAGUUGAUUGUGAUUUUUGGAACGAACCUGCAGUUUCGUACAAUACAGUGACGGAUAUUUUGUAAGAAUAAGAACAUUUUUUUUAUUUUUUUUUCUUGCAUUCAUAAAUUAUUUUCAUAUUCA